AUGGCCAAGCUAGUACAUGAUGUCCAAAAAAGACAGCAUAGGGAGCGUUCCCAAUUAACCGGUCGUUCGAGACUGGGUUUCCUAGAGAAACAUAAAGAUUAUGUCAAACGUGCUCAGGAUUACCAUAAGAAAGAAGCUACUUUGAAGAUACUUAGAAGUAAGGUGACAGAAAGAAAUCCAGAUGAAUAUUACCAUGGGAUGCAUUCAAGGAAAGUUGAUGCGAAGGGUCUAUUAGUAACAAGUCGUCGUGGAGAAGAUGAAGACGAAUCACUCUCUAUGGAUCAAGUUAAACUGUUAAAAUCUCAAGAUAGUAAUUACGUCAGGACAUUGAGGCAGAUGGAACUAAAGAAGCUUGAGAAUAAGACAAAGACAUUGAUGUUUGGUUCGAAUGGUCAACAUACGGUUUUUGUAGAUGACAGGCAACAACUUGAAGACUUUAGCCCUGAAGAAUACUUCAACACUACAACGGAGUUAUUGAAUAGAAACGAAAAUAGACUUACUAGGGAUCAGUUGGCUGCCACUGCAUUAAGUGGCUCCAAAUCAAGAGCUGCAUCCGCAUCAUUUAUUAUGCCUAAAGAAUCAUUGGACAAGAAGAAAUUAAAGAAAUUUAAGAUUGUUAAACAGCAUCUUGAACGAGAAACCCAAUUGAAAGAGGUUCAACAGAGGAUGGAUCUGCAAAGAGAAGUAAUGAAGAAAGGUUCUAAAAAGAAAGUAGUUGACAAAAAAGGUAACAUUACUUUUAAGUGGAAAAAACAACGUAAGCGCUAA